AUGACGUCGAAUCCCACGAGCACAGGCGAUGACGACGGCGCCCAGCCGGCGGUGACUGCUGACGGGGCUGAAUCGAUUGGGAGCGCGGUGCUGGGGAGCAUGUUUGUCUCGGGGGAGCCGAAGCACGCGCUGGACGGCUUAUCCAGUGCCGCGCGAAAUAUUGCGGUCGGCGUGGGGGCCGGUCUGGGCAGCCUCGUGGCCCUGCCCGUCGUGAGCUGGCGCAGGGAGGGCGCGGCGGGGGCCGCGAAGGGGGCGGCGAUGGGGGUUGCCUCGCUGCUCGGCAUGACGACGUACGGCGUGGCGCAGGGGGUGGUGCAGCUCGCGAAGGGCGUCUGCCACACGCCGGAGGCCGUGGCGGAGGCGGCGCGGGGCGAGCGGUACUGGGACAGCCAGGAGGGGCGCUGGGUGGAGGUGCGCCUCGACGCCGCCUUUGCGGAGCUGCCGGUGGGCGACGAGGACCUCUUCGCGCGGGCGCGCGAGGCGUUUCGGUCGACGUUCGAGGCGACGCCCUCCGGCGCGGAGGACGCCACCCCCGCGGGGGCGGCAGCGGCGCCGGCGCCGGCGCAGGACUACUACGCCACGCUGGGCGUCCCGAGGACGGCGACGGCGGCGGAGGUUCGCAAGGCGUUUCACCGCUUGGCCCUCGAGAUGCACCCGGACAAAAACCCGAACAAUGCGGAGGCGACCCUGCGCUUUCAGAAGGUGUUGGAGGCGAACUCCGUCCUCUCCGACGAGGGGCGCCGUGCGCACUACGACCGGUACGGUGCCGUGGACGCCCUCCCCGACGAGACCGCCUCCUUCACGCAGGUGGAGGAGGCGCUUGGGGCAACCUUUAUGGAGGUCUUUGUCGGGCGGCUGUCGCAUGCGCUCUACUUUGUGCCCAACGUGUUCAUCACGGAACCGCUGAUGAAGGAGUUUCAGCGGCGACGGACACUGCGCCUGGCGCAGCGCCUCAUCCGCUUCGUCGACGACGAGGCUGGAUUGGGGGUCGCCCUGCCUGCAAUACGCGAUGCCGUUUCCACACGAAUGGGCCCGCAGUUGAUGUCUAUUGUUGGCGAGCAGUACAUCGCUGCUGCCCGUCAGCACCUGAAGGUCGGUGCGUUACAGCGACAGUUGGAUAUUUUUGCCACCUCCAAGUGGGCGGCGCUUGCGCACGUGGCGGGUGUGACAAGGGCGGCCCUCAACACGGUGCGACGUGCGCAGAAUGAAGAGUGGCAGUUGGACGUGUUAGCCGCGCUUUGCGGGAGAGAUGUACAGCGCACUGUUCUGCGUGCAGCUCGCCUCAUUUUGUAUGACACCUCGGUGUCCCCGGAUAAACGGAGGCAGCGGGCCAACAACUUGUUGACGCUAGGGAAGAUGGUGGGGGAGGUAUGCCGCUCGCCUCCCUCGCGGGAAUGA